CUCUGCGAACCGAGAGAGCGCAGCGCGAGCGGUCGACGACGGCCGCAGCUCGGAGGCGGUGCCUGCUUUGCCACCGCCUCCCUUGGCAUUUGUAGUGCUGUCUUUGUCCUCCCGCGCCGCGGCUGCCGCGCUUUGUUCUCGGCGCCCGUGCCAGGGCCGGCCGGGCGCGCCGUCCGCACAGCUCCCGCCGCGCUGGCGUCGUCUUCGCCCCCCUCGCCGCCGGCCCCCGCGCGCGGCCGCGCCUUGCCCUCCAUGGUCUCCCGGCCGGAGCCGGAGGGCGAGGCCAUGGACGCCGAGCUGGCAGUGGCACCAUCGGGCUGCUCGCACCUGGGCAGCUUCAAGGUGGACAACUGGAAGCAGAACUUGCGGGCCAUCUACCAGUGCUUCGUGUGGAGCGGCACAGCCGAGGCCCGCAAGCGCAAGGCGAAGUCCUGCGUUUGCCAUGUCUGUGGCGUCCACCUGAACCGGCUCCACUCUUGCCUCUACUGCGUCUUCUUUGGCUGUUUCACAAAGAAACACAUCCAUGAACAUGCGAAGUCAAAGCGGCACAACCUGGCCAUUGACUUGACAUAUGGAGGCAUAUACUGCUUCUUGUGUCAGGACUACAUCUAUGACAAAGACAUGGAGAUAAUUGCCAAAGAAGAGCAGCGGAAGGCUUGGAAGAUGCAAGGUGCUGGAGAGAAGUUUUCGACUUGGGAACCAACUAAACGGGAGCUGGAGCUGCUGAAACACAACCCGAAGAGAAGGAAGAUCACCUCCAACUGUACCAUAGGCCUGCGUGGUUUGAUCAACUUGGGCAACACGUGCUUCAUGAACUGCAUCGUGCAGGCUCUGACCCACACGCCACUCCUGCGGGACUUCUUCCUGUCCGACAGGCACCGCUGUGAGAUGCAGAGCCCUAGCUCCUGCCUGGUCUGUGAGAUGUCCUCACUCUUCCAAGAGUUUUACUCUGGGCACCGAUCACCUCACAUUCCAUACAAACUGCUGCACCUGGUAUGGACCCAUGCACGGCACCUGGCAGGUUAUGAGCAGCAGGAUGCACAUGAAUUCCUCAUUGCAGCCCUGGAUGUUCUCCAUCGGCACUGCAAAGGUGAUGACAAUGGAAAGAAAGCCAACAAUCCCAACCACUGCAACUGCAUCAUCGAUCAGAUCUUCACAGGUGGGCUGCAAUCUGAUGUCACAUGCCAAGUCUGCCAUGGAGUUUCUACCACCAUAGACCCUUUCUGGGACAUCAGUUUAGACUUGCCUGGCUCCUCCACCCCUUUCUGGCCACUGAGCCCAGGGAGCGAGGGCAGCGUGGUGAAUGGGGAGAGCCACGUGUCAGGCACAACUACGCUCACAGACUGCCUGCGGAGAUUUACCAGACCAGAGCACUUAGGAAGCAGUGCGAAGAUCAAGUGCAGCGGUUGUCAUAGCUACCAGGAGUCCACUAAGCAGCUCACCAUGAAGAAGCUGCCCAUUGUGGCCUGCUUUCAUCUCAAACGAUUUGAACACUCAGCCAAGCUGAGGCGGAAGAUCACCACAUAUGUGUCCUUUCCCUUGGAAUUGGACAUGACGCCCUUCAUGGCCUCCAGCAAAGAGAGCAGGAUGAACGGGCAGUACCAGCAGCCUACAGACAGUCUCAACAAUGACAACAAGUACUCCUUGUUUGCUGUUGUUAACCAUCAAGGGACCUUGGAGAGUGGCCACUACACCAGCUUCAUCCGGCAGCACAAAGACCAGUGGUUCAAAUGUGAUGAUGCCAUCAUCACCAAGGCCAGCAUCAAGGAUGUGCUGGACAGUGAAGGGUACCUGCUAUUCUACCACAAACAGUUCCUGGAGUACGAGUAGCCCCCUCCACAGCUGGUCAGAAAAAAAGGAGAGCAAAAGUUGACAUGCCUCCUGAGAUGAUCCCCUACUUCCCCAGUGACAUGACCCUGCAACACCCUUCUGUGCAAAUGUCCCACACGUAUUGACCCUCUGCACCCAGGAGUUGUGGUGUUGGGGUGGACACAAGCUACAGGAUCAGAAUGGCCUUGUGCCCUGGGUGGGAAAGGAGCCAUGGGCUCUGUUGUUAGUAUCUUUUGUGUCGUCCAAACCCUGUGGGAGAUUGGGGGUGGCCUCCUCAUUGCACAGCAGCCUCUGCCUGGUGCUUCAUUCAGUCAUCCCGUGCGCACAGUUUAAAAAGGCACCCACUUAAUUGAAAAUUAAUGGGUCCAUUAAAGCUGUAAAGUAGACGGAGAUGGUGUGCAAGGAUAGGACUUGUGAGCACCUUUCUCUCAGUGGGGUAUGGUAUUUAAUGCAUGGAGUGUGGACUCUUAGCCUCCAUUUUUUCUGCAGCUAUAAUGCAGCCCAGGAGCCCAAGGACCUGAGGCCGCUUACAAGCUCUAAGCACGUCCGUUCUGCAGAUACCAUAGCAUUACCUGCAUGUGGAAGCAUCAGCCCAGAUCUUCUCUUGGUUUUCUAGAAAUAGGCAUUUUCUUAUCUGUCUCCCCUUUUCUCUUUUUUCACAAUGGUGAAUUUCAUAAAUGUAACAGUAGUAAAGUGAAUGAGUAUCGAGUUUAUACUGAAAUCUAGAUCAUUCCUCCUUCAUUCUGAGAGUGUGUCUUGCUUUUUAAUUGGUGCUGUUUUGUUGCUCCUUCCCCCUCCAUACCUCCCUGUCCUUUGGUUAGCCACAGGCGGCAGAGGAGAACCGGGCUGUAGCUGGGAAUGUCCCUGAUAAUCUUAAUCUUUGGAGGAAAUGGAAUGUUCCCCAAACCUUGGUUCCAUUGAUCCCCUUCCCAUUUUUCUUCCGAGUCUUUGGUCCCAUGGCCUGUCUGGGGCUGCGUGGUGGCUGGUGCGCAAGAUAAGAAGAUGAGUGGACCCCAGUGGGGACUGCGUUGUGGCACCUUGCUCAUGCCUCUGCUCUACAUUUACUGUAAUUUCAGUCUUAGCUGGAAUAAAAUGACUUUAUGAUAGAGUUUGUCAGCAGAACUGGUCAAGGAUGUUUCUUAUGAGAUAUCUUGCAUGUUUCUAUCUAGUCAAACCCAGAUUUAAGAUUAUUUGCCCAUUUCUGAGAAAUUACAGCAUGGUGACUUGGGGGCAGAAGCAUUGUUUUGAACCACAGUGUCAGCUGUGUUGGCCAUGAGAACCUUGCCCUGCCUGCAGCGGCCUAUGGGGAAGUUGCUGUUGCCAGGUCAGCAAGCGUUUCUCCUAAGAGCCAGGUAGUGAGCAUUUUAGGCUUUGUGCAUUGUGCAGUAUUUUGCCAUAGAUAACAUGUGAACUGUGAGUGUGGCUAUGUUCCGAUGGUCUUUUACUUAUGGUCCCUGAAGUUUAAAUUAUGUAGAAUUUUCACAGUGUCAAGAAAUUUUGCUUCUUUUAAAAAAACUGUUUGAAAAUAAGAUUUUUUCUUAGCUUACAGGCCACACAAGAGCAAGCAGGGUCCCUGACCUCACUCAUUAGCUAGUUAUGUUGGGGUGGAGGCAGUAAUGGUAGGAGGCUGAGUAGCUUCUGCUCAGGAUAUAGGGAACAGCAGUCACACUGCAGAGCCAUCAGGAUGGCAAAAGCUUUACACAGUACACUUUUUAAAGCACUUGCCCUGUUCAUUCUCAGUUGUAUUUUUGCAUUUAAAAACAAAGUUGAAGCAUGCUUUAAAAUAAGCAUUACUGGAGCAAUUUGGGUGGGCCCAGAUUUUCAGGCAUGGCUUCAUGUAGCUUCUGUGUGUCUGUGUGAUUCUGCAGUGAAGCUCUCCUCUAGGAAGAGACAGUCUUUUAAUUGGGAAUAAAUCUAUUGGAAAGGAGACUUGACCAAAGUCACCUCCAGAAGUCCAAGCCUGGAGCCCUCUGAAGGCCCAUCCCCUCUGCACCCUGGCUUGAUGGGUGUCCAGAUGCAAGCAGGAAACAGGCAGGUGUACCAGCUGGGCCUGCUUCCUCCCUCCCCACACACCUAAUCCCCUGUCCCCACUUGUGUUUAGGGGUGUCAGCCACUCCAAAAACAUUACAACUAAGGAAAAGGACAUUUGUCUUUGCAGGCAUUCUAUUAAACUUUUGUACCCAGAUUAACACUUCUUCACUGGCUUUGGCAUUCUGGGCACUUGGUUCUGCAGCUGCUAAGGGGAAGCCGGGGUUUGUGGGCACCGCAUUCCUGCUCAAUCUUGCCUUCUGCUGGGGUCCUCAGCAUUACGUCCCGUGUUUGAUAUGCUUAUGUGACUUUUCCUUGUGAGGAGCAACAUUUUUACAUGGUGGGUUUGGAAAUCUCUUCCUUUAGCUCCUUACCUGACUGUUAAGUCAGGAAAAUGGUUUCCUGGGAGUCAUCCCAGGUAGGUGUUCAGAAGAUUGCAAAGUACAGCUUGCCACUUAGGACUCACUAUGUCACUCUGUCCCCUAAAACACAUAAGAGUACUUUAAAAAAAAAACAAAACAAAACCUGUGUUUGGGGUUGCUAGCUCUCAUGUCAGAGCUUCACAGUAGACAAGUAGACUUGUCCUCUGCUGAUAUCUAAAGUGGGUAUCUUGAGCCCUUCUAAGUGCAGGAGGCAUGGGGUGGCCUGAGGACAGAGCAGACAGCUUCCAUCUGCCCAGAGGGCUCUGUGGCCUGCCAUUGACCUGGAGCUGGGCCUGGGCUCUCUUGACAGGCUCUGGGAUGGUCCCUGGACACCCCCUACCCCAAAGCUGUUCCCCUGCACCAUGUAUACCUGAGUGCUAUUGUAUCUUGGCUUGGUGUGUAUGCUUCUCCUUGUGCAAACUAGCUGUUCUUUGGACAAUUCAAGCAACUGUUUCGUUUAUUAUAACUUUGAAAACAAAAAUUGUAAGAAAAAAUUCCAAUGAUCGUGUUGUGGUUGAAUAUUUUAUUACUAAGAUGUUUACACCCACCUUUUUCCCUGUAAUUUUGAGGGACUAUUUGACUCUCUCCUCCUUGAUGGCUUGUAGUUUUUCCUAUGUCAUAAUAAAGCUACAUUUUAUUCUGAAACUGGCCUAUUCUGUUACUAACACUAGUAUCCAAAGGGAGGGUGGCAGAAAGCACCCUGGCUCCAGCAGG